AUGCCUGCCCUCCAAGUGGACGAAUCCCUCAACGACGAUAAUGCCCACGUACAGGAGUUGCGUAGGAUCUUCCUCUCAUGCAACGUGGACGAGAACGAGUGCCUGAGCGCGCAUGGCUUGUCGAAGCUAUGCGACAAGCUGAAGCUGAACGCCUUCGCGCCGGAGAUUGUCACGCGGGUGCUGCAAGGCCAGGACAACGUCAGUUUUUAUGACUUUAAAGACCGGUUUGUCGCCUUGUUGCCUGAGAUCAUCGACGUCUCAUCCGGCAAUGUCGAUGAGUUGGCCACGAAGUCGGUGCAGAACAUUCGAAAAAUGCAGAUUGGCGACAAUUUCUUUAGAUUGACGCGCCACGAGACCCGGUUGUUGUGUGAAAACACGGGCGAACUGUCGGCGCUCACUUCUGGGGAUGUGUCCGCGCUAUUCGAUCGGGCCGACAGCGACAGAAACGGCCGCGUCUCCAUACACCAAUUUCUGCAACAAUAUCGACUUCAGAAGAGGCUAUCCGCCGAGGUCCAUUUCAUCGCCGACUCGUUCGUGUCCACUUUGAAUCUUUUUGACGCCCUGGAUACGGCAAACACGGAAUGCCUUAAGGCAAAAAAAUCCGCUUUCAGUACCGUCGACAGCCACGAUUUGCUGGAGUACUGGUCGAAAGCCGGGCUCAGGAUUGAUGAAGGGAUUACCGUCUUGAAGCAAUGCGGCCAGCCAAUAUCCGGCACCGUCAACGCCGUGUUCCUCUCCGGCUUUUUGGAGCGCGAGCUGAGCGACGCGGCGGCCGAGGCACCGGUAGCCGUGAAAACGGCGAUAAUUGCUCUACACUCCUGUAUCGAUUAUCUGCGGUGUUGUAUCAAAGAAGGGGAAACCCAGACGGAAUACCUCCAAAAACAACUCCAACUCGCUAACCAGCGGCGCACGCUUUUGAUCGAGGAGCUGGAGCAAAAUCAAGUGUCGAUCGAGCAGGGAUAUGAGAAUAGAUUACGCGAAAACGAAGAUCGGUUCCGAGCGAAAAUGGUGCAAUUCGAGGAGAAGGCAAAGGUGGAGAAGCGAGAGUUGCAGAUUGAGAUCGAGAGGUGUGAUGAGGAAUUAUCGCGUAGCCGUCAAUCCGAAAAUUCGAUGCGGAAUAAGAUGACGAUGAUGGAGCGGCAGUGCGGGAGGUUGAAUGAGGAGGCUAGAGAAUUCACCGAAACGAUCUCGCAGCUGGAACAGCUGAACCGACAGCUGCGAACCGAGUUGUCGAAGGCCAUGCAACCCCGACCCCAGGAUGACAAUGGGAAUGUGCUGAUGUGGAAGCAGAAGACCGAGCUUUUGGUUGCACAUAAUAAGCGACUACGCGAGAAGGUCCAAGAGCUGUCGCUGAACCAGAAGAAGAACAAAAAUAGUCGGGAUGUCAAUCCGUUGUUCACCAAGUGGAGCCCGGCCUUCAAGACACAGGUCUCCAUGUUCCGAAAGCGGCGAUUAGCCCGCGGGGACACACUCUCAGAAAUGGACAGCGAACCCGAAGCCAUUUUUGCACGAGUCCGGAGGCGAAGGUUACGGAAACGGAAAGACCGGAAGCAACGGCAUGAGCGCUUGCUUUCUCGUUUGUCAGUGCAACAGGAUGCUGAAUCCUCCUCGACUUCUGCUGAAUCCAAACCCUCGACAAGCCGAGAAGGAGCCGUUGCAUCGCAUAAAAAUGUUAUGAAACAACUCGAAGAACGAGUUCAGCGCCUUCAAGAAGAUCAUCGAAGAGAGCUGAUGGCGAUGAAGAUGUCGGCAGGAAAGACACUGGCUGAUGCACUGAAUGAGCAGGAGAAGCAGAUCACUUCACACUGGGAGCGCCAACUUGACCAACGGGUCUCGAACGAACGAGCCCAACUCGAACAAGCUUUUGCCGUAGAGAAGACGAAGCUGAUGAGCCGGUUACAGGACGACUUUGACUCGGAAUUGCAACGACUAUCAGCGUCUAACAUCAACGAGGGACCCGUCGAGAUAGAGCAGUACAGGCGACAAAUCAAGAUGCUUGAAUCUUCCCUCGAAGGCCAGCGAAACGGCUACGAGAAGCGGUUAACCGAGAUGAAGGACAAGUACCGAAAUCAGUUCCGGGCGCAUACCAGUUCGGUACUGAUCGACAAGAAUGCCAGCAACUUCUUGUCGUUGGUGGAAAAGUACAGGAAUAUGGACCCCUCCACCUCCAUGUUUGAGCAGCCAUCCCCUAGAGCCCUUGGAGUUGAGAAGCGACAUCACCAUAUUCAUAUGCCAUUCCAGAGGAGCAUGUCCUCAAUGAGCUCUAAAUGCGAACGAUGUGACCUGGUAGAUGUUCGACUCCGCGAGCUUUAUUCCACCUGUACCGGAGAUUCGACGACAUCCGAGAGUGGCAUUGAAGAUCUUGGAAGUUCAGCCGGAAGUUUGAGUGAUGAUAAGAUUGUCCUCAAACGGGAAGUGCGCAAGUUGAAGGGCCGUUUGGAGGCUGCCAAGGAGAAGGUCACCGAGCUCCGCGUGCUCUUCUCGAUGCAAAACGGUUCCGUUUCCGCACGCUACAAAUGCCAGUUGGGCGGAAGUCAGGACAGCCAGCAGACGCUGGAAUGGCGUAGGUCGCCGCCCGCCAAAUGGGGUGACGUAAACGCGACCGUCGAGCGGUUGGAGAGCGAGAAGCUGAUUUUGGAGUCCCGUCUCACUGAAGCUCAGCUGCUGAUCAAGAACCUUGUCGAGCAGUACCGGAAGCAGUUGGACGAGACGGCGAGGCUUGGCGGUAUCUUGCAGGACAUGUACGCCCAGCAGUCGCCGAGCGAAGCCAGUUCCGCCGCCAAAUCCGCCCCUCCAACCACUCGCAAU